AUGAUCCUAUCUCGCAAUGCACAAAGACUACUUCGUCUGAAUCAUACAAAGAUUCUGCCAUCCUCUAGUAUCACUGCGUCGUUUUCUUCGACCACUUCUGCGGCUGCCAAGUCGACCUUUUUGAUUCCACCAGAUGCCGCCCGUCAAGUGGUGAUUGUCGGCGGAGUUCGUCUUCCAUUUAGCCAAUCUUCUACCAUUUACGAAGAUGAAUUGACGGUCGAUUUGCAACGUCUUGCCAUUACUGGUUUGCUCAACAAAUAUCCUCAAUUGGUGACCAAGAAUGGCGACAAGACUACUUCGGUCAUUGAUUACGUGAUUGCUGGCAAUGUCAUUCAAGAAGUCAAGACAUCCAACAUUGCCAGAGAAGCUGCCAUUAAUGCUGGUCUCCCCUACAAUAUUGGGGCUCAUACCAUUGCGCAAGCUUGCAUUUCGGCCAAUGCGGCCAUUACCACUGGUGCCCAACAAAUCAUGACCGGACAAGCGGAUGUCGUCUUGGCGGGUGGUGUCGAAUCCUUUAGUGAUUUGCCCAUUCGUUUGAGCCGUCCAUUCCGACAAAAGUUGAUUGGAAUGAACAAGGCACUCAAAAAGAAGAAGGGAACUCACCCUGCCAUUGCCAGUCUCCAACAUUUCUUUGGAGGCAAGGAAGGUCUCAAAUCCAAAGAUCUUUUUGGAUUGGAGACUCCCGCCAUUGCCAACUACACUACUGGUGAAGUCAUGGGCGUCUCGUCGGACAAGCUCAGUGCCAAGUUUGGGGUCUCACGUCAAGACCAAGAUGAAUUUACAGUGAGAUCUCAUACCAACGCUGCCAAGGCCCAUCUCGAUGGCUUUUACAAGGAUGAGAUUGUUCCCUACAAUGGAUCCAGGGAAGAAAAUGGAAUCAAGGGUGAUUCUACUAUCGAGAGCGUUGGCAAGCUCAAACCUGCCUUUGUCAAGCCUCACGGUACCCACACGGCAGCCAACUCGUCUUUUUUGACCGAUGGUGCCGCCAUGUCCUUGCUCAUGAGUGAAGAAAAGGCCUUGGAACUAGGCUUCAAGCCAUGGGCGUAUCUACGCGAUUGGUCCUUUCAUGCAUGCGACCCAUGGGAGGAACUCUUGUUGGGACCUACCUAUUGCACCCACGAUAUCCUAAAGAGAAACCCAAGCUUGUCGAUUAACGACAUUGGUGUGCUGGAAAUUCACGAGGCCUUUGCCGGCCAAGUUUUGUCCAACUUGGUCGCCAUGGACAGUGACAAAUUUGCUCAAGAUCGAUUGGGUGGCGCUGACAAGGUCGGUGCCCUUGACAUGUCCAAGAUGAAUAUCAAGGGUGGAUCCUUGUCGAUUGGACAUCCCUUUGGAGCAACUGGAUCACGUUUGCUCACUACGGCUUCGAGACGACUUCAACAAGAGGGAGAACAAUUUGCCCUUUUGGCUGCCUGUGCGGAUGGUGGUUUGGGACAUGCUUGUUUGAUUGAACGAUACGACAAGUAA